AUGGGAAAGUGCCGUCCAUGUGGCCCUCAAAAACGGAAGUUUAGAGCUUUUAAAGUGUUGUUAGGAUGGCUUCGACGCUUCGACGAAGAAGGAAUCCUGUACUGGGAGGACGAAGAUGGCAACAAUGCGUUGCAUACCGCAAUAUCUGAAAAUCAACCUGAGGCGGUGAAGCUGUUGAUCAAAUAUAUGGGAGUAAAUAAGAAGAACAGUAGAGGUUUGACAGCUCUGGACAUCUUCUACGAUCGCCAAGAUUCGCUGAAUCCAAAGGUUGGGGAAAUUCUACGUGGCGCUAAAGCUAAAAGAGCAUCUCAACUCCAUCCUCAGCGUAAACCUCCAAAAUCGCUUGUCGACUACUUUCGUGGUGACUUAUCAUUUGGCGAAAGCAUUCUGAAAAGAUUAGGGCUUCGUGACCAAAUCAUAAAAACAAUUCCUCUUAAAGUCCGAAACGUAAUACUUGUGGUGGCUCUAUUGAUGACCACAGCUACCUAUGAAACUGCACCGAGCCCCCCCAGAGAAUUAUACCAAGGUGUAUCCAAAGGUGUCGGCAAUCUGCAGCCUGCCAACAACAGUACUGCUAUCAGUAACACCACCACCACCACCAUCUUUCGUAAAGGGCCAUCAAAACAAUGGUCGGCAUUGUUUGAACUCGUUUACCUGGUUUGA